AUGUCUCCUUUUGAGCAACAGCGACCACGCAGUCAGAAGUGUGGAACAGCCCGCACAUCGAGCAACAAGGGAACGAACAGUCAACCAUCCCCAGCGUUGUUGGCUUCAAGACCCCUAGCCAAUGUCAUACAACACCAUUUGCAGCAGAAUUUGUCACGCACACCACGACCGAAUGUCAUGGAAACAAGGGUUACGCCGCCCUUCUCAGUGGAGUCGACUCCUGGCGGUAGGGAUGUUGGAUCUCGUCGCACAGAUAUGCGCGUCCGUACGGGUCACGCAGCUGUUGACUCGAGUUCAUUAGCGGCAGCAUAUGCCCCCUAUUCAGGCGCAACAUUGACAUCAACCCUAUGGGAAAAUAAUGCCCGCGAUGAGACACCGGGGUCACCUCUGCACAUUUCUCGCAUGCGGGAUCCGACGCGUCAUUGCAGUGAAGACGAGGAGAGCCGUGGAAAUCUUGAUAUCAUGCGUGUGGGGUAUUUGGGCACUUGUGCACACGUAGCGGCAGAGUUGCCGAAUAUCCACCGCAAUCCCGAUCAACCCACCGCGUUUGUGGGAAAGAACGCCCCGGUGGUGACAGAGCGGAACGACCUGUCGGUGAGUGGAUACUCAAGGAGUGAUUCGGUAGUGAAAAAGAGCCCAACGAAGGACAAAAAAACAGACAAAACACCACCGAAGAAAGAUUCCACACGUAUUUGGUGGGGUUUUGAUAGCUACCGCUUUGGGAGUGAAAGUGGAUGCGGAUCCCCUGAAGUGGUUCGGCAAUGCCUUCCUAAUCUCACGGGCGUAGGAAGUCAAGCAUCAAAAGAGGCUCCCGGACCUCAAACCACCGUGGCACCAUCCAACACCACUCCUGCAGUGGAGCUGCCCAAUGCAUUGCGAACCACCACCGCCAACAGUACGCGAACCUCAAAGAAGGUGAAGUAUGCGCCCGCUGAUCAACCAUCCGUUGACGACCGAAGUGUCGAGGAGGUGCAGACGAGCGUUAACAAACGCCGCACUUCCCUUCAGCGUAGCAAAAAAACAAAAAGUGGUUCCUCUCAGUUGGAGGAGGACGCAGCAUUUCUAGCGCCCGUGGCUCAAACGCCCUCCUUAAAUGUAAAAAGAUUACCGAGUGCGAAAGAGAAAAGGAAAGAUGUGUCAUCAGCUAACCCUCGAAUGCCCCCGUGCACGGCGUUGCACUCAAGUGCGUUCGAUGAAACUAGUCAAAUGUUACAACACUGCGGCAAUUCCACUACAUCAAGUGGGCGCAAGAAAAAUAUUGAGGAAAACGACAUCAAAACGCAUGGAUUGGAUGUACUGCGCAUGUCCACAAGCGUAUCCGGAGAUUUUCUUUCGUUGUGUGGUAGUCGCUCCAAUAGCGCGGUAAGGCAAUUGUUUAUGUUGCUCAAUGGAGAAGGGGACCACGAAUCGAACGAUCUUUCAAGGACAAAUUCAGCGAACGGGGCUCGGAAGAGAUGA